AUGGCACCGACCUCGUCGUACUUGGUCGCGUGCCUCCUCCCGGCGUCUCUCAUGACCCUGACGGCUGGCAAUAAUAUUCCAAUUCGCGAAAGGGCUAUACUUGACGUCGCCCGUGCUCUUCCCAAUGCUGUUAGUGGCGGAUAUGCCCCUGCCGUUGUCGACUGUCCAACAGCACGUCCAACUAUCCGCAGUGCUGCGACUCUCAGUCAAAAUGAGACCGACUGGCUCAAGAAAAGGCGUGCCGCCACCGUUCAGCCCAUGGCUGACCUGAUCUCCCGAGCGGGAAUCUCGGGCUUUGAUGGCGCGGCUUACAUCAAGAACCUCAGCAACAACGUCUCCGCCCUGCCCAAUAUUGGCAUCGCAAUGAGCGGGGGAGGAUACCGAGCCUUGAUGAAUGGAGCUGGCUUCAUUGCCGCCGCAGACGACAGGACCCCAGGUUCCACGGACGCCGGGGGUAUCGGUGGCUUGUUGCAGGCGACGACUUACGUCGCAGGGCUUUCUGGCGCUGGGUGGCUGGUGGGUUCUCUCUACAGCAACAACUUCUCAACCGUGGUGAACCUGAGGGACGGCGGAUCUGCUGUCUGGGACUUCGAUAAUAGCAUCUUUGAGGGGCCAAAGGACGGCAUAAGGAUCGUUAGCACCGUCACCUACUGGAACGAUGUUCGUGACGCCGUCACCAGCAAGGCUGAUGCAGGCUUCCAGACCUCGGUCACAGACUACUGGGGAAGGGCUCUGUCCUACCAGCUUAUCAACGACACAGACGGUGGCCCCGCGUACACAUGGAGCUCAUUCGCCCAGGACGCGAGCCUGAUCAAUGGUUCCAUCCCUUUGCCUAUGAUAGUCACCGAUGGAAGAGACCCUGGGAUUCGCAUUGUCAGCUUGAACGCGACCAAUUUCGAGAUCAACCCCUGGGAGAUGGGAACAUUUGACCCGACAGUCUUUGGGUUCGCACCAACGCAGUAUCUGGCAUCUAACUUUUCAGGUGGAGUGAUUCCAAAUGGUGGCAACUGUGUACAAGGGUUUGAUAACGCCGGCUACAUGAUGGGGACCAGCUCUUCUCUGUUCAACACGUUCUUGACCACAAACAUUUCCCAGUAUGCCGAUGUGCCCUCGUUUGUAGGGGACGCUCUCACGAGCUUACUACAGCCACUCGGUGAUGACAAUAAUGAUAUUGCGCAAUGGGUCCCCAACCCUUUCUUGGGCUGGAACAAUGCGAGCAACCCCAUCGCCGACCAAACUGAGCUCGGUCUUGUCGAUGGUGGCGAGGAUCUUCAAAACAUUCCAAUCAGCCCUCUUCUCCAGCCUGUGCGUGCCGUGGACGUCAUCUUCGCGGUAGAUAGCAGCGCGGACACUCCGUUCAACUGGCCAAACGCGACGGCCCUGCGCGCAACAUAUGAGCGCAGCAUGGGCCCCAUCGCCAACGGCACACUAUUUCCCCCAGUGCCGGACGCCAACACCUUCAUCAACCUGGGCCUGAACAACCGCCCCACCUUCUUCGGCUGUGAUCCCAAAAAUUUCACCCUGAGCGCCGGGCAGGUCGUGCCGCCACUGGUCGUCUACGUGCCCAACGCGCCGUACACGGCCAACUCCAACGUGUCGACCUUCACGCCCAGCUACUCGAACGAGGAGAAGGUCAACAUCAUCACCAACGGGCUGAACGCCGCCACCCAGAGCAACGGCACCCUCGACGCCGAGUGGCCCGCCUGCGUCGCCUGCGCCAUCCUGAAGCGCAGCCUCGACCGCACCAACACCGCCAUCCCGUCCACCUGCGACAACUGCUUCGGCCGCUACUGCUGGAACGGGACGCUCGACACCACCGAGCCAGCGUCGUACGAGCCGGGCUUCCGCAGCGGCAAUGCGACGGCCUCGUCCAUCGGCGUGCAGACAGGACCUACCUCUUGGGCCUUCGCCGUUGGCCUCGUGGCCGCGUCUUGGCUGCUGGCUUAG